CCUGGAGAGAGGAGCGGAGCAAGCGUGGUUGCAGCCCUCUUGCACAACGGCCACAAGGACGCAUGCAGGCCUAGAGCCCGCUGGUCACAGCGUCACCUAAGGACGUGCAAACCCCAAGACCAGCUAACGGACGACGAACCCGGGACGCGCCCACUGACGUGCCCUCCAGUGUGUGGGCAGGCAGAGAUAUUUGUGCGCUCUUAACCUUUAUUUGGAAAUAAACUGCACUCAUCUGAGUCUGCAAGAUUGAAGGAAGUUGGGGUGAUUAGAAGUUGUAAAGUGAAAUAAACGAGAAGACCUGUGUCCUAUCUUUUGUUCUUCUGAGAGGUUUCUUGAAGUCAAAAUGUCUCAAAAAAUCCGUGGCGGUUCUGUGGUAGAGAUGCAAGGAGAUGAAAUGACACGAAUCAUUUGGGAGUUGAUUAAAGAAAAACUCAUUUUUCCCUACGUGGAACUGGACCUACACAGCUAUGAUUUAGGCAUAGAGAAUCGCGAUGCCACCGGCGACCAGGUCACCAAGGAUGCUGCAGAAGCUAUAAAGAAGUACAACGUUGGUGUCAAAUGUGCUACCAUCACCCCCGAUGAGAAGAGGGUUGAGGAGUUCAAGUUGAAGCAAAUGUGGAAGUCACCAAAUGGCACCAUCCGAAAUAUUCUGGGCGGCACUGUCUUCAGGGAAGCUAUCAUCUGCAAAAAUAUCCCCCGUCUUGUGAGCGGUUGGGUAAAACCUAUCAUCAUAGGUCGUCAUGCUUAUGGGGAUCAAUAUAGAGCCACUGAUUUUGUCGUUCCUGGGCCUGGAAAAGUAGAGAUAACCUACACGUCAAGUGAUGGAUCCAAAAAAAUGACAUACCUGGUACAUAACUUUGAAGAAGGUGGUGGUGUUGCCAUGGGGAUGUACAAUCAAGAUAAGUCAAUUGAAGAUUUUGCACACAGUUCUUUCCAGAUGGCUCUGUCUAAGAGUUGGCCUUUGUAUCUGAGCACCAAAAACACUAUUCUGAAGAAAUAUGAUGGACGUUUUAAAGACAUCUUUCAGGAAAUAUAUGACAAGCAGUACAAAUCCCAAUUCGAAGCCCACAAUAUUUGGUAUGAGCAUAGGCUCAUUGAUGACAUGGUGGCCCAAGCUAUGAAAUCCGAGGGGGGCUUCAUCUGGGCCUGUAAGAACUAUGACGGCGAUGUGCAGUCGGACUCCGUGGCCCAAGGUUAUGGCUCCCUUGGCAUGAUGACCAGCGUCCUGGUUUGUCCAGACGGCAAGACAGUGGAAGCAGAGGCUGCCCAUGGGACUGUAACACGUCACUACCGCAUGUAUCAGAAAGGACAAGAGACGUCCACCAAUCCCAUUGCUUCCAUUUUUGCCUGGACCAGAGGAUUAGCCCACAGAGCUAAGCUCGAUAACAAUAAAGAGCUCAGCUUCUUUGCAAAGGCUUUGGAAGAAGUCUGUAUUGAGACCAUUGAGGCUGGCUUCAUGACCAAGGACUUGGCUGCUUGUAUUAAAGGUUUGCCCAACGUGCAGCGUUCUGACUACUUGAAUACGUUUGAGUUCAUGGACAAACUCGGAGAAAACUUGAAUAUAAAACUAGCUCAGGCCAAACUUUAAGGCCGUCCCUCACCUAAGGAGGAUAUGUGGUUUUUUUGGUAACUAGGUCCACUGGUUUACAUUUUCCUGUGUAACACUCAAGGGUAAAGGUAAAAUCAAUUUUGUAAUUUGUUUAGAAGCCAGAGUGUAUCUUUUCUAUAAGUUUACAGCCUUUUUCUUACACAUAUGGUUAGGCCACCCUCGUGAACGUGGCAGGGGACUUUUUUAAAUUUUAUUUUCUACUAGUAGCCUAGGAAUUACUUUAAUACUCAUUUGUACUCAUUGUCACUUUUUCUCAUGUUCCCAUACAAAUGACCAAAAUGAAGAGUGCUUGAAAGGGUAACCUCUAGUCAUAGUAUCGUUCCCUAAAACAUAUGUGAAGUAAAAAUUCACUCCCUUCUCCACUCUCCCUGGCCCGGGCGCUGGGUGGUUUUGGUGUAUCAGAUGUCCCAUUACGGGAGGUAGAGCUGUUAUGUUAAACUUGGCUGUAAUUUGGGACGAAGAGCAUAGGUGUGACUAAAACGUGUUGGAGAUACCACAGUCACUUUUGUAAUGAGCUCUUCUUGAAUGUUUGGAAAAAGCUAAAUACUUUUGAGGCCACCGGAGCAUUUGUAAUCCAAAAUAAAUACUACCUGGGGGUUGUCCCCUGUGUUUGUCUCAUCCUCCCAGCCUUGUGUGGCCUGAGUAUUCUGCCACCCUGAGCAGCGUAUUUCUUCCAAGUGCAAUAAUACAAGCUGUACCUUUUUUGGACUUCUGUUGGCCUGUUUUAUUUCCCUUCUAUAAAAUGUGAUUUUUCAGAAGUUGAUUAUUAAACACUAUUCUAGUCUGUUCUUCAUCUGAACUGUUAAUGUUAAUUAAAAUCAAGUGCUAACGACUA